GUUACUGAAACCUUAUAAGGAUGCGAAACAACGCCUACGUAAUGAUGGCUGCGUGAGAUUGUAGAUCCGUCAUCUGAACUUUACUACCGUCCAAGUGGUUGUUUUUCUAUUUGGCAGGCUUUGCGGCGUUCUCUGCGCUGAUCGAGCUUAUCUAAUUGUGGCGCAGGAAGAGGAAGAAGCAAUUGAGCAUAACCAGAGAUGAGGCGUCAUAUAUCUCCAUUUCGAGCUUACAUAUGUAUCCAAAGAUAGAAAAUAAAAGCUCCAGCCUGUAGGACUAGCAUACUUAGUGUUAUUGUGGAAGCGCGUUACUGAAGUUCGGCAGAAAUUAAAACUUCUUUUAUAAAUAAUAUUUUUCUUAAGUGCGCAUAAUGUUGUCGGUAAAUACCGCUUGCCUCUUGGCGGCUCUCUUGGCGCUCGUCUACGUUUGGUGUCGCUACACGUAUGGCUACUGGAAACGCAAUAAGAUUCCCUAUAUGACGCCACUACCACUGAUUGGCAAUAUGGAAGUUUUUUUUAAAACGAGCAAUAGUUUCUAUCUAUAUCUAUCUGACGUCUAUAAGGAUGCUAAAAUGUCAAAGGCUGCGGCAGUCGGCAUCUAUAUACUCAACAAGCCAGCGUUAGUGCUACGUGAACCGGAACUUAUAAAAUCCGUGCUAAUCAAGGAAUUCCCGAAGUUCGCCAAUCGGUCAGCCGGCUGUGAUCCACACAAUGAUGCUUUGGGUUCGAAUAAUCUAUUUUUCAUACGCAAUCCACAAUGGAAAGAUUUGAGAACGAAAAUAACGCCGAUUUUCACAACGGGAAAGAUCAAACAAAUGUACCCACUAAUGACUGAGAUCGGCACGGAGUUGGAAGCCCAUUUGAAAUCGCAUGCGAAGAAUGGUGAUGCUUUCGUAACUGAAGUUAAAGAGGUUUGUGCAAGCUUCACCACCGAUAUAAUUGCCACCAUCGCUCUUGGUGUAAAAGCCAACAGUCUUGUAAAUCCAAACGCCGAAUUUCGCUCGCAGGGACGAAAAUUGUUCACCUUUACAUUCCGUCGUGCCAUUGACUUCUUCAUCGCCUUUUUUGUUACCAAGUGGGUCUCUACAUUUCGUAUUAAAAUUUUUACAGCAGAGUUCAGUUCCUUUUUACGUGGCACCAUCAGUCAUGUUAUGGCGUCAAGAGAAGAGAGCAAAGCGACUCGCAACGACCUCAUCGAUGUGUUGGUGAGCCUUAAAGAAGAAGCAGUUGCGAAAGGCGAAUAUAAUGCUCAGGUACAGGAUAUGUUGACAGCACAAGCUGCCGUAUUUCUGUCAGCUGGUUUUGAGACGUCAUCUUCGACGAUGACAUUUGCCCUAUACGAAUUAUCGAAACGUCCCGAUUUACAAGAGCGUCUGCGCAAUGAGAUCUGUGAAGCUUUCGUAGCUGAGCAGGGUACAAUGUCAUAUGAGACUAUCAAUAAUCUACCAUAUCUGAGUAUGGUAGUUGACGAAGUACUGCGUUUAUAUCCAGUACUACCUUAUCUCGAUCGUGAAUAUCUGCCGAAGGAGGGGGAAAAGCAAUUCGAUCUUAAACCGUUUUACGAUUACACAGUGCCCAUAGGUAUGCCUGUUUUUAUACCAAUCUUCGGCAUACAGCGUGAUCCCGAGUUUUGGCCCAACCCGAACACUUUCGAUCCUGAACGCUUCAACGCCGAGAAUAAGAAAACCCAUAAGCCUAUGUCCUACCUUCCUUUCGGCACUGGACCACGUAACUGUAUUGGUUCUCGCAUCGGUUUGCUGCAGUCUAAAAUCGGUUUGGUGCAUAUAUUGAAGAAUCAUUAUGUGACCACAUGUGAGAAGACACCGUCGGAAAUGACUUUUGAUCCACUUUCCUUAGUGCUAAGUUAUAAGGAUGGAGUUUACUUGAACUUUGUCAAUGACAAACUCUAUGAACGCAAUGCCAGGCAGUGA